UUGAUGGAUGGAAAAGACCGAGGUAAAGAGAAACAAGUAGUUCACCUUGGGUUGCACUUUCCAAAAUUCUCGAUUUACCGGUUUAACCAAAGAAAAAUAUCGACAUCGCACAGGCACUCGAAAAUGAUUUUCAAAUCAGUGUAUUUUUGCGCGCGAACGAAAAAACUAGAUUGAUUAUAUACAUAUAGAACAAAUUAUUGUCGCGGCAAGCGCGCAACCGUGUGUGAGGAUCAUGAAGCAUUGAGAAAGUCUCUGUGUAUGCGCCAAGGCCGUCUCGUCAUGCGCUCAGUAUUGUUGGAGCAUCAGCAACGGCAGUAUUAUUGCUGUACUAUGAAAUCUUAUAAGUUGCAUUUUUAAACCCGUUUCACGACACGACUCUGCUAAAUGUCACAAUACUCCUCGCUCUCGGUUCAAUUGUAAUAGUGAGUUUGUUUCAAGAAUUAAGAAAAAUGCUACCUACUUGGGCCGGCUGCUGCGUCCGUAUACAACAGCGAUGGAUUUUCGCCAUAAUGGGAUUUCUCGCAUUAUUCAAUGCAUACGCGAUGCGCAUUUGCCUAUCAAUUGCAAUCACGGAGAUGGUAGUUCCUUUGAAUAUCACCGAAGAAUUCAUCGACGACACGUGCUCGGAACUUGCAAGUAAACAGUUAACCAAUGUUACUAUGGCGCAUGGCAGUGGCAUUUACGAAUGGAGCGAGUACACGCAGGGAAUCAUCCUCUCGUCAUUCUACUGGGGCUACGUGAUAACCCAUCUGCCGGGUGGCCUGCUCGCUGAAAAAUUCGGCGGCAAGUACACCCUGGGAAUCGGCAUAUUCUUGACCGCAAUCUUCACCGUUCUUGUGCCGAUUGCCGUCAAAUGGGGCGACUCGACGGCUCUGAUAAUCCUGCGAGUCUUGAUGGGCUUCAGCGGUGGGGUCAUCUUUCCCGCCUUGAACGUCAUGACCGCUCAUUGGGUGCCACCGCAAGAAUUGUCCUUAAUCACGGCUGUGAUCUUCAUCGGAGUGGACCUCGGCAUAAUCGGCGCGACCACGAUAUCUGGGUUAAUACUUCGUUACUCGCUGAUCGGCUGGCCUGGAGUCUUCUAUUUUUUCGGUGGCAUGGGCAUACUCUGGUUCUUACUCUGGGUGAUACUUUGCUACAACGAUCCCGAGGAGCAUCCCUUCAUAUCGGAAAAGGAGGCCGACUAUCUGCGGGAGGCCCUCGAGGAGUACACGCACAAGAACACGCCGUCGGUGCCUUGGAGCUACAUUUUCAAGUCGCCUUCCUUCUGGGCUCUGCUCGCCGUGCAGAUCGGCCACGACUGGGGACUCUACACUCUGGUCACGGACCUGCCCAAGUACAUGAGCAGCGUGCUGAAGUUCUCCGUCGAGUACAACGGCUACCUCUCAUCCUUGCCGAACUUGUGCUCGGUGCUCUACUGUCUCUUCAUCUCCUGGGCCACGGACAAGAUGAUAACCUCCAAAUGCGUGUCAAAGACCAACGCCAGGAAGAUCAACACGACCAUUUCCACGAUAGCACCGGCGCUUUUCAUCAUCGGCGCCUCGUACGCCGGCUGCGAUCGCGUCGCCGUCGUGGUCAUGUUCACACUGGGCGUGACUUUGAUGGGCAGCAGUUUGCCGGGAAUCAAAGUCAACUCGCUGGAUCUUAGUCCGAAUUACGCCGGUACGCUCAUGGCCCUGACCAACGGAAUCGCUAGUUUGACGGGUAUUCUGACGCCGUAUCUCGUGGGAGUCCUGACGCCCAAUCAAACGCUCAGCGAGUGGCGACUUGUAUUUUGGAUCGUGUUCUGCAUCUUCUUCAUCACGAACACAAUCUUCAUUCUCUUCGCCAGUGGUGACGUGCAGGACUGGAACGAUCCCAAAUUUUUGAAGGACGAAGACGACAAGAAAAUUGCUAAAAAUAAAGCUUGAGUUAGAUGUCUUAUGAUACUGAAUGGAAAAUAGUGCCAUUCUUCGAGCGCUCCAUGGCUGCAUCGUAAAUAAAGUUUCGAAUGAAAAAAAAGGUGUUACAAUGAUCUGCUGAGCAAGAAGAUGCUAGUUUACCAAAAAUUGUCUACUUAUAUAACACAUACUUCCAUAUUUGUAAUAAUUUCGUACGCAUGUCAAAUUUUUAUUUAGAAGCUAUAAUAAAAUCUGUAUUUUAUUUUUUAAUAACUGUAUGCAUAUAAGUGUAUACCACUAUUAUCUGCAAUCUCAAAUAAUAAGCACGUUACAACUCAAGAAAGUUGAGUUCGUAGUAUGUUACUGUACAGGUUUCAGAUACGACAUGCGGUGCACCUUGUAAUCCAUAUAAAGACUAGUUCUUUCACAACCAGCUCUGAAGAAAAGCUACUCGGCAAUCAGCUUUGGCGCGCUCGUCAGUAAUCGAUCUUUAUCCGCAAAUGGACGAGAAUAUCUCAUCGAUUUCUUAGUAAAUUUCGCUUUACAAUUAAUAUUCAUCUUUGAAGAUUUAUUCUUUACGAAGAAUAACAAAAACAAGACUUUUCAUUAUUUUCCGGAGUCUUAUUUUUAUCAAAAAUGAUAAAGUAAUUUGAUAUAGCUUCACUCGUUCAAUAAGUUGUAAUAACAGAUGAAUGAUAUGUCGAUUAUAAAUCAAUGUUUAACGAGAAUGGCAAUUCUUCAUGGGCUAUAAAAUAAUCUAAUGCCCCACAAACUAAUGGCAAUAGAACGAUAGCCAAGUGGAUGACGGAAGAAAGUGUGUAAGCGAGCGAGUUCAAAGAAAGUUAAGUAGAGACAGUAAGUAAAUUGCGAGCACAACUGACAGGCUCUGCCAAAUGGUCAAAGAACAGACUUUUCCGAGAAGGAAUAAAUUAAUCGCAUUUCAUUCUAAUUCGUUUUUAUAGAUCGAUCUAAUUGUAUAAUUAUUUUUAUAAUUAUAAUCAAACGCUUGCAGUUUUAUUUCUGUAUACGACGUAUGGAUGCAAGAUAUGAUUCGAAUGCUAGGCUUUUUAUAGAUUAUUUAUUUUAGAUUAUUGUAAUUCUAAAUUGAAAAAAUAUCUUAAGCAACAGAAAUAUUUUCAUACAUGUACACUCGGAAAUUUGGAAA